AAGGCACACAAGUCCAGAAAGCAUCAAUUAACGGCAAUUCAAGACCAAUUUCAGUAGCGAGAAAAAACGAAGAAACAAACAAGUAUCUCCGGUGAGCGGUUGUUGGAAUCUCUUCGUUGGCCGUUUAUUGGGAGAAGCAGUAAAAUAAAUAAAAAAUGGUGGCAUCAUCAUCAGCAAUAGUGAACACAUACCCACUUUCUAGCUAUACUUUUGGCACAAAAGAACCCAAACUGGAAAAAGACACAUCUGUUGCUGAUCGCCUUGCUCGUAUGAAAGUCAACUACCAUAAAGAGGGUAUGAGGACAAGUGUUGAAGGAAUUCUCUUGGUACAAGAACAUAAUCAUCCUCAUAUUCUUCUUCUGCAAAUUGGGAACACAUUCUGCAAACUUCCAGGUGGACGCCUAAAGCCAGGAGAAAAUGAAGUCGAGGGUUUGAAAAGGAAACUCUCCAGCAAACUUGCAGCUAAUUCUCCUGCCCUUCAACCAGAUUGGCAGAUAGGUGAGUGUGUGGCCACCUGGUGGAGGCCGAACUUUGAAACCAUAAUGUAUCCGUACUGUCCUCCACACAUAACAAAAGCUAAGGAGUGUAAGAAGCUGUACCUUGUUCACCUAUCUGAAAGAGAGUACUUUGCAGUCCCCAAAAAUCUAAAACUUCUUGCGGUGCCAUUGUUUGAACUUUACGACAAUGUUCAGAGAUAUGGACCUGUAAUAUCUACAAUUCCUCAACAGCUUUCAAGAUUCCAGUUCAACAUGAUCCAUCAAUAGAUUAGUAGAUGGAGAUUCAAGUGCUUCUCUGGGAUAAAAUGGGCAUUAAUUUGAUUUGGUUGGUUUUCCAUAUUUUGAGGAUGAUUGAGGCCUACUUCAUGACUUGAUUCACUUUUCUGUGAUAGGCAGAAAGAUGACACGCAUCUGAUUGUAUUUGUGUUGCAUUGGCUUCUUUUGGAUGGCUAUGAAGAUGGCUACUAUAUGAAAGCCUGUUAACUUAAUAUUGACAUAUUUGCGUGUACUUGUUGAAUAUUGACAUAGGGCUUACUAGGUUUCUUUCAUUCCGAGAGGCUCUUAAAAGUAGCCAUUUUAAGUGAUCUUUCUUAGGUGAUUCACUGAUGAAAGUGGCGCUGUUCUUGUCUUAUUGUCUUGAUAGGAGAUUGUGCACUUUAUGUGGGGAAGAAAAAGAAAUGUAGUAUUCCAGUCUCUUCUGGUCGCCUGUGCGAGACAAUUUUGUUUCUGGACUGUGAUUUUCAAGUAUUUUAUUAUGGAAUACCGGAAUCUGCAGCUU